GUUCUUCAGUGUGUAUUUAAAGUGGGUUGUGAGCUUAAAAAGCUUUCGUAAUUCAGCCUUUUUGUCAGUUUUAAGUUAAGUAACUUAGUUAUUAUAAUACUUUCUAAAACUGUGUCUGUAAUUUAGCUUUCUGGUUUUGAAAACGCUCAUUUUAUUUUCUUAAAGUAGUCAAAAUAAUAGUGAAUACGCAACUUUUAAAUCACUGGACAGUUCACAAUACCUUUUGAAAAUGGCAAGUUCUGUAGAUUCAGUUCAUAAAAGUUCAGAUUCAGUGAAAGACUAUUCUUGUGUUGGAUGCCUAAGUCAAAAUAUAGAAAAAAGUGCUGACUUUUUUUGUGAAACAUGUUUCAAGUGUUUUUGCGAAAAAUGCCUUUAUCAUCACAAUCAAGUAUUUGUAAACCAUGUGACAUAUGGAAGAAGAGAAACAAAUAAAUGGCCUCUUGAAAAGGCAAUUGAGGAUUUGCUACUGAAAUGUGAUGUUCACAACAACAAGAAACUGAAAAUGUUCUGCCAGGACCACAGUCAGCUGUGCUGCCCGGAUUGUGUUUUACUGAAUCACAGACAGUGUACAAAUUUGGCUCUAAUUUCGGAAUCAGUCAAAACGCUGUCUGUGGAUAUGCAGCAGUUGUCAAAAAAAAUUCAAUCAAUUAUUGCUGAUCUAAAUAAGUUUAAGAGAGAACAAGAGACCAGCAUUCUGUCCAUUGAAGAAUCAUAUAGUGAAAAACUGCAAGAAAUCAGAAACCAGCGUAAGAAAUUAAAUGCAGCUCUUGAUGAACUAGAAAAUACAACAUUGAAAGAACUGGAUGAAAUAAGGACCACAUUGCAAACCUCUCUUAAGAAAGAUGUUGACAGCUGUGGCAGACUGAAGGAUGAACUGCAACAACUCAGUGAAGCUGUACAGGGCCUUUGUGAUAAGAGCAUUCAAGACAUAGAGUUCAUAGCCAGCAGGAAAUGUCUGGAUAAGAUACAAGAGUCUGAGAAAUAUCUGAAGGAGAACCCAGUGAAGGUUCAGAGUUCAAUAAUAUUCAAGGCAAACAGUGAUAUUGAGCAGUACCUGUCUCAACAGUCUGAUCUUGGGAGGUUUGUGGACAGUAUGCAGUCUCUGAAACUUAAGAAAAAUCCAGACCAGGUGUUGACUGUAAAGAGUAAAUCUGAGUAUAAUGUGAAAAUAUCAAAUGACACAUGUCUCAAUUGCUCUAUCAGCGGCAUUUGCAGCCUUUCUAGUGGUCAUAUCAUUGUUGCAGAUCACUCUAAUAAGAAAGUUAAACUGUUGGACAAGAAUUACAAGGUUUCCAGUCACUGUGAUAUGCCUAGUUCUCCAUUGGAUAUUUGCCAAAUCACAGCAAGUGAAGUGGCUGUGACUCUUGGUUAUGCCGGUGUGCAGUUUAUGUCUGUAAGCAAUGGGCAGCUGGUGAAUGGAAGGAAGUUACAGUUGCCACAUGCUGCUGUUGGCAUUGCCCACCAUCAGGGAGGAUUGUAUAUCACCGAUAACACUGCACUCUACCACUACACCCUGACUGGGAACAUUGUGAAAAAGCUUUGUGAAAGAGAUAUAUAUUCACCAUGUAAUGGUAUGUAAAUAUAUCUGAGAAUUGAGCUCAUUGUAAACACAUGCAUAUACAGUCAAUUUUGUGGAUGCGACCACUUGAAUUAAGUGACCUUUGUCUUAUAAAACCACUUUGAAUUCCCCAUGAGCGUUUUCACUCUAU